UGACGUUACUGACGGUAGCACGCGUGCUAAAACUGACUACACACAAGUAAUUUAACAUUAAAAUCUUUCCUCAGUUCGUGCUUAAAUAUAUAUAUGUAUUCACUUAUAUAAACUUUUGAGUGAAUAAGAGAAGUUUUUUUUUUUAGACCGCUACUUAGUGUGUUAAACGUGUUAAACAUGUAGAGUAGCGGUAUUAGCCUUCGUGUUGGAGUAAUGAUGGCAGGUGAAAAGGAGAAGUCGUUUCAGUUUGUGGUCGUGGGAGGUGGUAUUGCAGGCGUGACGUGCGUUGAACAGCUGUCGAGUCAGCUCCCGUCUGCAGCCGUGGCUCUGAUCACCGCAGGUCCCCACAUCAAGGCAGUGACCAACUACAAACAGAUAUCAAGAACCCUGGAGGAGUUCGGAGUGGAGGAGCAGCCGUCCAGUGUGCUGGAGGAGAAAUAUCCCAACCUUACUGUCAUCCACUCUGCUGUUAAGUCUCUUCACACACAGUCACAUACUUUAGAAACUACAGAUGGUCGUGUAUUUGGUUAUGAGAAGCUGUGUAUCUGCAGUGGAGGCAGACCGAAGCUACUAACCCAGGACAAGCCUUAUGUGCUGGGGAUACGGGACACAGACAGUGCCCAGGAGUUUCAGAAGCGCUUAUCCAAAGCAAAAAGAAUCGUUGUCAUUGGAAACGGUGGGAUUGCCUUGGAAUUAGUGUACGAGGUGGAAGGCGUUGAGGUGAUCUGGGCCGUGAAGGACAAGGCCAUAGGAAACACCUUUUUCGAUGCCGGCGCAGCACAGUUCCUUAUCCCGUCACUCAAGGCCGACAAGCCAGAUGUUGCUGCCACCUGCAAACGUCCUCGUUACACAACAGAAGAACCGCUACAGACCUUCACAGCAGAUAGAAACUCACGUGGACGCAAUUCAAGUACUACAGAGUCUGGCAGUGCUCUUGGUCCAGAUUGGCAUCUAGGAAUAGUCCUACGAGGAGCAGAGAAGGUGUCCCGCAGAGUUUCAGUGGAAUACCAGUGUGAAGUGAAAAAGAUCCUCACCUCUGAGGAGCUUCUUCUUUCCCCCGAGCAAACACUAAAACCUGAUAGUGGAUCCUGGCCAGUUUACAUCCAGCUGACCAAUGGCAAGACGUUUGGCUGUGAUUUUGUUGUCAGUGCCACUGGCGUCGUGCCAAACACUGAGCCAUUUCUCCACGGCAACACUUUUGCGUUGGCGGAGGACGGAGGUCUGCGGGUAGAUGAUCACAUGAUGACAUCAGAGCCGGAUGUGUACGCUGCAGGAGACGUGUGCACUGCAUGCUGGGAACACAGUCGGCUGUGGCAGCAGAUGCGUUUGUGGACGCAGGCCCGGCAGAUGGGCUGGUACGCCGGCCGCUGCAUGGCUGCAGAUGUCCUCUCUGAGCCAAUCGAGCUUGACUUCUGCUUUGAGCUCUUCUCCCACAUCACAAAAUUUUUCAACUACAAGGUGGUCCUGCUGGGAAAGUUCAAUGCUCAGGGCCUUGGGCCCGACCAUGAGCUGCUGCUGCGCUGCACCAAAGGCCAGGAAUAUGUCAAGGUGGUCCUGCAAGGAGGGAGGAUGGUGGGAGCGGUGCUGAUCGGGGAAACAGACCUGGAGGAGACUUUUGAAAACCUGAUUCUCAACCAGAUGGAUCUGACACCAUAUGGAGAGGAGCUGCUCAACCCCAACAUCGAUAUAGAGGACUACUUCGACUGAGCACUGCUGAUGUGUUAAACAUCACAGUGUUAUGAAGAAGUCAUGACAGGGAUGCUUAAUGACAAAUAAGUCUGUAAAAGGAGAUUUUAUCUUAUUUCUUA